CACACCAAUUUCCAGCAUAAUCAUCGGGAACGUCAAUUCGUCAACAUUCAACAUUUUUUAAAACGUUAAUUCAUUUAUCAACGUGUAUUUAUUAAUAAUAUAUUUUAAUUAACAUUUUUUAUAUUUUAAAUUAUUAUAUACGGUUUUUAUUUUCGUUUUGCCAAAAAAAACAAAAAUAAUCAUGCAUUUUUACGUUGCAUUUUUUGCUAUUUUUGCUGUUGUUACUGCUGAUGUCUUCCUUGAUGAAAAAUUCAGUGAUGAUUCAUGGGAGAAAACUUGGGUCUACUCCGAGCAUCCUGGAAAGGAGUUUGGAAAAUUCGUACGCAGUCAUGGAAAAUUCUGGAAUGAUCCAGAAAAUGAUAUGGGUAUCCAAACAUCUCAAGAUGCUAGAUUUUAUGCAUUGAGUAAAAAAUUCGAGCCAUUCAGCAAUGAGGGUAAACCAUUGGUUAUUCAAUUCUCAGUUAAACAUGAACAAAGCAUCGACUGUGGUGGUGGUUAUGUCAAGGUCUUUGAUUGUUCCUUGAAUCAAAAAGACAUGCAUGGAGAAUCUCCAUAUCACAUUAUGUUUGGACCUGAUAUUUGCGGACCUGGAACCAAAAAAGUACAUGUGAUCUUCAGUCACAAUGGUAAAAAUCUUUUGAUCAACAAAGACAUCAGAUGCAAGGAUGAUCAAUACACCCAUCUUUACACCCUCAUUGUAAACCCAGACAACACAUACAAGGUUUUAAUUGAUAAUGAAGUUGCUGAAUCUGGUGAUCUUGAAUCUGACUGGGACUUUUUACCACCAAAGAAAAUUAAGGAUCCAUCACAAAGUAAACCAGCUGAUUGGGUUGAUGAAGCAACAAUUCCAGAUCCAGAUGAUACUAAACCAGAAAAUUGGGAUCAACCAGAACAUAUACCAGAUCCAACAGCAACAAAACCAGAAGAUUGGGAUGAAGAUGAAGAUGCUGAUGGUAAAUGGGAACCAGCAAUGAUUGAUAAUCCAGAUUACAAAGGUGAAUGGAAACCAAAACAAAUUGAUAAUCCAAAUUAUAAAGGACCAUGGAUUCAUCCUGAAAUUGAUAAUCCAGAAUAUAAACCAGAACCAGAACUUUAUAAACGUGAUGAAAUUUGUACAAUUGGUUUUGAUCUUUGGCAAGUUAAAUCUGGUACAAUCUUUGACAAUGUUUUAAUCACUGAUGAGCCAGAAGUUGCUGCCAAAUUUGCUGAAGAUGUCUGGAAGAAAACAAUUGAAGGAGAAAAGAAAAUGAAAGAAGCCCAAGAUGAAGAAGAAAGAAAGAAAUCUGAGGCUGAAUCUGCUGAUAAAGAAGGUGAAGGAGAAGCUGAACCUGAAGAUGAUGAAGAUGAAGAUGCUGAUGAUAAAGACAACACCAUCGAUGACACUGAGGAGCGCGAUGAAUUGUAAAUUUAAAAAAUUUACUUUACACGAGACUCAGACUGUAUUCCAGGAGCUAUCUUCACAGAAGAAAAAAAAAUGAAUAAAAAGAAAAUAUUUCCCUCCAAAUAAACUCGACACACAUUUCGAAAAAUUUUAUUUCAAAAAAAAAAAAAAAACCAAAGUGAGAGUAAUUUGCAUGAAGGGAUUUAUUAUAUUUAAAAAAAAAAAAAAAAACAAAUCUGUGUCCUCCAAGUUCAACACCAUAGCUCCCUAUAUAUAUAUAAAAAAAAAAAAAAAGAAAAAAAAUAAAACAACAAGUUGUUCCGUUUUUGUUUGUCAAGUGUUUUUAUAAAAAAUGAAAAUUUUGAUUUAAUUUAAGAUAAAUGAAAGAAUGAAAAUAAAGUAAUUUAAAAUUGCGAUAUAUAAUUAUAUAUAAUUGACUAUGUGUCAUUUUUUUUUUCUUAUCUUUUUUUUUUUUUUUAAUAUUGUUUUUUGUUUUUAUUUUUGUUGCAUUUUGAGAAAAAAUGAUUUUUUAAUUGUAUGUGAAUGAAUGAUGACUGUGUGAUGUAAUAAUCGAUGAUCAAUUAUUGAUACAAUAAAAUCCAAUCGCCAAUAAUCAUGUAAUAAACA